CAUUCUCUCUAUCUCCUCUCUCUCUUUCUCUCUAUCUCCCCAUUUUUCUUCUUCGUUCUUGGUGCUUCUUACUUCCAUUGAAUCACCUCUAUUUUUUCUUCCCCUUUCCCCUGUCACAGGGGAAAAGAAAAACAAAACGAAGAAGAAAUAAGAAAAAUACAUAUAUAUAUAUAUAUAUAAUCAAGAAAACACCCACUUUAAAAAAAGAAAUUCUUAGAUCAUCUUUUACGUUGCUAUAUAUAUAUAUAUAUAUGGCUUUAGAAGAUGAUACAUUAUUUCUUGAUUCCCUGAAUUCACCAUCAGCUACGUCUUCAUCAGCGUCGCUUGAUCUUGACCAUUCAUUUGAAUAUUCAUCAACAACACCUUCUUCUUCUUCUCCAUCUCAGCCCUUGUCUUUGCCUAGGAACUCUUCUUUAACAAAGCUUAACGCACGUGCAGCUGCAUUCAUUCCACGUAGCUCGUCUUCGCCUUCCUUGUCGUCCGCCAUGUUGGCGAAAUCGUCCUCGUCGCCAUCAUUGGCGUCACUUUCUCAUUCUGCAUCCCGAGCUGAUUCACAUCAGCCCGGGAACGGGAUCGGGCCUGGACCCGUGAUCCCGCAGAAUGGACAGACGGUUGUGCAUGUUAUCGCUACGCCUGCAGCGACUUUUCAUCAGAUCACGACACAUGUACCUGGUGUCCAGAAUUACAUAUAUGCAUCUCAAUUGCCUGUGCAAUAUCCAUAUGGUGGCAUUGGUAGAGGAUUUGUUGAUCAUGGGGGUAUGCCCGCGGUGGUGGUUAUUGGUGCUGAUUCUGAUCUCAAUAAUGCAGGGUUAAGUGAAGAAGCUUGUCAAAAAAUUGUUAAUCAGGUGGAGUUUUAUUUUAGUGAUAUAAAUCUGGCAACAACUGAUCAUUUAAUAAGGAUUAUGUUCAAGGAUCCAGAAGGAUAUGUACCAAUGUCAGUGGUUGCAUCAUUCAAGAAGAUUAAAGCUCUCACAAGUAGUCAUGCCCUGGUUGCAAAAAUUCUGCGGGCCUCAACAAAGCUUGUGGUGAGUGAAGAUGGAAAGAAGGUUAGACGCCAAUUUCCGCUGAGUGAAAAGGACUUGGAAGAGCUGCAAUCUCGCAUAGUGGUUGCUGAGAAUUUACCCGAGGAUCACUGCCACCAGAACCUCAUGAAGAUUUUCUCAGCAGUUGGAAGUGUAAAAAUGAUUCGGACAUGCCAACCUCAGUCUUCCAAUGGUGGGGCUUCUUCAGCAUCUAGAACUGGAAAAUCAGAUAGCACACUGUAUAGUACCAAGUUGCAUGCAUUUGUGGAAUACGAAUCAGUUGAAUUGGCUGAGAAGGCGGUUAUGGAGCUAAACGAUGAGAAUAACUGGCGAAAUGGUCUGAAACUCCGCAUAUUGAACAGGUGCACGGGAAAAUCUGGUCAAAAUCGAGGGAAGAAAGUUGGUUAUGAGAGUGAGCUCAACUUCAAGGAAGAAGAUGCUUUCGGAUCAGAGGCCAGCGAGAAACAUAAUGAAGACUUAUGGCACCACUUUGAUACUCACUUGAGUGACCUUGCAGAGGAACAUGGCAUCGAUGGGCAGAGGAAAGGGCUCAAUCGCAGUUGGAUUAAGGGACAGGGUCAGGGACGUGGACGUCUCCAGUUUCAUCAACACAAUCGUGGAGGUCAUUUAGGCGGGGCUCCCACAUCAACUAUGAGGCGUGCAUACAGUGUGGGGAGUGCACUGUCAAACUUCAAUCGUGUUAGUCUAGCAGGGCAUCCCUCGAUGCUUUCUGAGCAGUCAGCACCAGCCAAGCAAGCUUCCAUUCCUCGCAUGCCAGAUGGCACUAGAGGAUUUUCCAUGGGUCGAGGUAAACCAGUUGCUACUAAAACAGCAUAAUGAAUCGGUGGUUAUGUCGCGAGCAUUUCCAGAUGGAGAAGUGGGAAUGUGCUCUUUUUUUGCAGUAAGUAUUGAUGGCAGUGUCAAUCCAGUGGAUCGAGCUGGUAUAGAUGAAUCAGCGGAUUGAAUCAACUUGUCUUCCUGUUGUGUUGUUAAAGCAGAGAUCUUGCAGAAAAGCUGUGUUUUUUGUAAAUUUUGUUCAUUAGGGUUCCAUAUUGAAGCAAAACCUGAGGGAUUAAUACAGAUGUAGUAAAGAAUCCUCCCCUUUCCUCUCCCCUCUAGCUUCAUCUUAGUUUUUUUGUGUAUACUAACAGAAAUUGAAUAUUAUCUAUACUAUAUAAAUGAUUGGGGGUUCUCAUAGGAAA